AUGGCCAAAAUUGUAGACAGAGCAAUAUGGAAUAUUGGGCCCUUGUUUAUUGUGAUUGCAGUUAUACUAGUUGACCUUUGUGCUCUGGCAUAUUACCUUGUUGUCUUUCCAUAUACUUACAAUUGGUCCGAUGCAUCCAUCCUAAGAAGAAUCUACAUAAUCGCAACCUUGGCUUUUACUUUUUACAUGGUCUACUGCAUCCACUUUCAUUACUACAUGGCAAUCAGAACACCACCAGGUGGGACUGCAGAUUCUGGACGAACCAGUAGACCAGACCAGACUUCCGAGGAACAAGAGGCUUCGCUCCGACAAGUACUGUUAGAAAUGGAAGAAUAUGAUGAAUACCCAAGAACAUGCAAAAAAUGUCAUCAACCAAAACCAGAGAGAGCUCAUCAUUGUAGUGUUUGUAACUCGUGUGUGCUUAGAUUUGAUCAUCAUUGUCCUUGGAUCCACAACUGUGUAGGACACUUUAACCACAGAUACUUUGUCCUCUUUAUGACUUACAUGGUAGUAUCGGCUGCAUACUUUGCUGUGUUUUCUUGGAGACCCUUUAUUAUCUCUAUAGACUUUGUUAACACAGAGUGGCCAUAUUAUUUCCCUCGUCCACUUUUAGCCUUUGCACUGAUCCUUGCGAUAUGUAUGGGUCUGGCAUUAGGAGCCUUGUGUGCAUGGCAUUACUAUCUCAUCUUGACAGCACAAACUACUGUUGAAUUUUACAACAAUUAUUAUGAAAAAGGACUUGCAAAGUCUGAAGGAGAGAUCUUUGUGAAUAUGUAUAACUUUGGAGCAAAAGAGAACCUAAAGCGAUUCUUUAAUAUUGGUGAUCGAUACCGUUGGUACACCGUAUUUUAUCCUAUACCAAUUCCACCCAGGGGAGCCGGAAGGGUGUUUGAGAAAUGUGAAGAGUUUUACCAAUUGUCUCAUUCAAGACAAAGGAACCAAAUCCGAGCAAACCAAGAAGUACAAGAUCUUGAUGAUAUGAAAGAUAUUUAA